GCGCACCCCGAGCUCGCGCCGCUAUUGUGUGGAUGCCGCGCGCCCGCGCCGCGCUCGCAGAGAUGGCGAACCGCGGCCCCAGCUACGGCCUGAGCCGAGAGGUGCAGGAGAAGAUCGAGCAGAAGUAUGACGCCGACCUGGAGAACAAGCUGGUGGACUGGAUCAUCCUGCAGUGCGCCGAGGACAUAGAGCACCCGCCCCCCGGCAGGGCCCACUUUCAGCAAUGGUUAAUGGACGGGACGGUUCUGUGCAAGCUGAUAAACAGUUUAUACCCACCUGGACAAGAGCCCAUUGCCAAGAUCUCAGAGUCCAAGAUGGCUUUUAAGCAGAUGGAGCAGAUCUCCCAGUUCCUAAAAGCUGCAGAGAUCUACGGUGUCAGGACCACUGACAUUUUUCAGACAGUGGAUUUAUGGGAAGGGAAGGACAUGGCAGCUGUGCAGAGGACCCUGAUGGCUCUAGGCAGCGUUGCAGUCACCAAAGAUGAUGGCUGCUACAGGGGAGAGCCAUCCUGGUUUCACAGGAAAGCCCAGCAGAACCGGAGGGGAUUUUCAGAGGAGCAGCUCCGCCAGGGACAGAACGUGAUAGGUCUGCAGAUGGGCAGCAACAAGGGCGCCUCCCAGGCGGGCAUGACGGGGUACGGGAUGCCCAGGCAGAUCAUGUGAGGCGCCGCACCCACCCCAGGUAGAGAGGACGAACGCUCCACACCGCGGUCUCUACGACAAAGAAAUAGUUAGUCACCUUCCGACCUUUCUCGAAGCCUCCCGUCCCCGGUUUGCAAGUGCUGCCUUUCUGCUGCGACUCCGCGUUGCCUCCUGCUGCCACCCCCUGUUCAUUUCGAGAACUAUGCAAAGACCCCGCGCCCCGCCCUCCGCUCCUUUGCCCUCAAGUCUCCGUUUGUCUGAUUAUUUAUUUAUUUAUUUGCCCCAGAUUUCCCCCCUCAACUUAUAGAACACGCCAAAUAAACGAACCAGUCUUGUGUC